AGUAAGUAUGUAAUAGUAUCGGUAUAUACUUUUGCCUGUGUAAGUAUACAUACACUAUACAUACAUUGUUACGAAUCAAGAAAAACCACCAACCGUUUUAUCGGCAUCAGCAUCAUAUCCAGAUAUUCCAGAUCAUAUCGUCGAACUUCGAUUAAACUCUGCCUCGUUAGUCUCCUUACUCGUGUACAUACUUAUUAAGGAGUUUAUUGUAAGGAAUAUCAGUUUAAAAAAAAAAUUUAUCCUCUUGCACGGACUCUUAAACGUGUCAGAAGUCAGAACGUGCAGUAUACAUACUAAAUUCACACUUCUUUAAUUCCUAACAGCAGAUUAAAUUAAGCAGUCAUCAUGACUAAGAAGUGGACUGUAAAGGACAUUAAGGAUAAACUAGAUGAAGAUGUCCUGGACCUCAGUCUGUGUGACCUGGAUGAGGUGCCUGUAAAGGAAAUUGCACAAGUUAAGAGGUUCACUGAGUUGGACUUAUCAAACAAUGUACUUGUUACACUACCUAAAAAUUUUGCAACCCUGACUCAAAUAGUCAAACUGGAUUUGAGCAAAAAUAUGUUAACUGAAAUUCCUGAGAAUUUUGGAGAGUUGAAAAUGUUGCGUCAUUUAGAUCUGUAUGGUAAUAAAAUAACCAGGUUACCAAUGAGUCUUGGUGAAUUGAGGAGCUUGAAAUGGCUUGACUUGAAAGAAAAUCCACUGAUACCAGCUUUUGCUAAUAUUGCCGGUCCAUGUAGUAAUUCUAGCGAGUGUCAAGCUUGUGCUAAGAACAUUGUUUCUUAUCUGGCUAAUGUAAAAGUGACAGUAGAAGAGGAGAAGCAACGUCGUCUUACAGCUGUCCAAGAAACUGAAAAAACUACUCCAAGCAGUAAAAAAGAAUCGAAAAAAAAGAAGAAAGCAGAGAAAAAAGUUUCUGAGAAAGCUUCACCUUCUGCUAAAAAAGAUGUUCAAGAAAAAAAUUAUACGCAAGUACCUCCAAAAGUUAAAAUAGUCAACGAUCAUUAUGUAAAAAAAAAGAAUUCAAAUGGAGUUUGCAGUCUCUUAUGUUACGUGUUCAUGUCGUUAAUCAAGUGGACAUUGCUUUUUGUCCUUUUGGCUAUAACAAUUUUUGCUGUUUUCCCAUACUUUUACCCAAAGCCUGCAGAUGAAUUCUUCAAUUACGUGGAAACUGAAACAGGUUUGCAAUUAAAACCAUACCAUCUAAAUAUUGUUGCAAUGUCUGAAGUUUUCAUCGAUAAUGCUAACCAAUGGACCAAUCACAUUCGAGAUUAUCUAGAGAAAACAUAUGAAGAGUACUUCCUGGAAGAACCUUCCCAAGAAAAAAAUUUCUAAAUGAAUUUUCACCAAAACUAAUAGAUUCUGUUAAUUUUUUUUUUUUUUUUUACUAAAUGAGUAUGAUAAAAUUUUAUCUGCUCAUUAAAAUUACAUUUUUUUAAAAUAAUUUAAAAGAAAGAGCCACCAAGUGACAGUAAAAACCAAACCACUAUUUUUAAUUUUGUAAUUUUUUAAUAAGUACUUUUUCAAUAAUUUCUAAUACACUUAUUAAGAAUAUAGUUUGUACAAUAUUUUGAAUUUUAAGAUGUAAGUGCAGCAAACACAAACGCCAUAAAUAGCUUUUAAAACUUUUCCUUUUAAUGUUUUAAGAAGAUCAAGUGGAUACAUUCUGUACUUCCAUUUCUGCACAGUAACUUUAGUAGUAUGUAAGCAAGGUAUAUGAUACUUAGAAACAUACAGAGAACUUGAA